AAAAUAUUUAAGUCAACCAAAUAUGAGAAAAUUGAGAAAUAUUUUCCGAAAAAUAUUUUCCUCCGUACCAAACACUCUUAGUCUCAUUUUGGUCUUGUACCUAUCUAUUUUAAGUUGUUUCAUUGGACUUUGUUGAUAAAGAUGGGUUCUUUUUGUGAAUCAAAAUCAAUGUUCAUUUAUUCUACAAAGAUCAAAUUUUCUUAUAACUAACUGUUAUUAAUAUGAAACUUUUUCUUAAAUAACUGAAUAACAAUAGCUUAUCUAGAUAAUUACAAGCCUAAUCAUGCAUGCUCUUAAAUUAUUGUAAUAUGUUAUUUUUCAAAAAUGACCCUUUUGGACAAAUCUUGCAAAACAAUAUAACAUGUAUUUAAGGGUAUGACCUAGUGGUCAAUAAAGUGCGUUAAGAAUCUUGAAGUUUUGGAUUCAAAAUCCCAGCAGAGACAAAAGUUUGGUGAUUUCUUCCCGUUUGUCCAAGGGAUCUUUACACAAAUAGCCGAUCGAAUUCACUAUUUAUUUUUUUAGCCAGUAUACAUAGAUUACAUAAUGAUUAUACACAAGUAUAUACAUAUUAUAUGUGGAUUAUCCAUUUCUUUACAUCCGUUAGUUAUUUUAAAAUUUAAGUGUUUGGGUAGGCAGCUAUUUAAGUUAAUUCUUCUGUGUUGAAAUUUAGGUGAAUAGAGUUACUCGGUAUUUAUGCUGGUGGAAGAUAACAAUUACUCUUUGAAAAUAAUCUAAAUGCACGCAAGCUGGUCGGACACCACAAUUACAAUAAAGAUGUACUUAACAAAAUAGAAAUUUCUUCCAAGUUAAUAUUGUGUAUUUCUUUUAUGAAAUUCCUUUUUUUUUUUUUUUUUUUUUUUUUUUUUUUUUUUUUUUUUUUUUUUUUUUUUUUUUGCAGUGUGAUAGAAAGUGUGGGUGAAAAGGUAAAAAAUUUGAAAGAAGGAGACAUAGUGAUACCACAUUUUUUGGGAGAAUGUGGAGAAUGUCCCAAUUGCAAGUCUAAAAAGUCCAAUUUAUGCCACAAAUACCCUUUAAAUUUCAGUGGAUUAUUGUUGGAUGGAACAUCAAGAAUGUCAAUUAAAGGUCAAAGGAUUUAUCACCAUGUUAGCUGCUCAACAUUAUCAGAAUACUUAGUUCUUGAUCAAAAUUAUGUUAUUAAGGUUGAUCCUAGGAUCCCUAUUGAACAUGUUGCUUUCCUUUGUUGUGCAUUUACAACUGGAUUUGGAGCAACAUUUAAGGAUGUUAACAUUGAAAAAGGAUCAACUGUUGCUGUUCUUGGUCUUGGAGGUGUUGGACUUGGUGUAGUAGAAGGAGCUAAACAAAAAGAAGCAGCCAAAAUCAUUGGGAUUGAUAUACAUGAAAUGAAAAGUGAAAAAGCAAAAAAAUUUGGGGUUACUGAUUUUAUAAAUAUUAAAAUCAGUGAAAAAUCAAUUUCAGAAUUAGUUAAAGAAGCCACUGGUGGACUUGGUGUUGAUUACUUCUUUGAGUGUACAAAUGUGCCUGACCUUAUGAUCAAUGAAGCCAUUCAAUCCACAAGAAUGGGUUAUGGGACAGUGAUACUGCUUGGGGCUGGACUUGAGUUAGAUUGGCAAAUGAAUUAUGUUCCUCUCAUGCUUGGUCGAACACUUAAAGGAUCCAUUUAUGGUGGCAUUAGAACUCGCACAGACCUUCCAUUUGUAUUUGACAAAUGUAUUAACAAGGAGAUCAAACUAGAUGAAUUAUUGACUCAUGAAGUUUCACUAAAUGAUAUAAACAAGGCAUUUGAGUACUUGAAAGAACCAAAUUGCGUGAAGGUUCUUAUCAAGUUUUAAUCUCUCCAAAUAUUCCUAUAUUUGGUCUUUAUUUUUCUCCUUCUACAACAAUAGUGUAAUGUAGACUAUGAUCAAGCUUGUAAUGUUCUUUGCCUUCUUUUUUUUUCCCUUAAGAUGUUUCUAGUUAGGAUUUGAUUAACGGAUCAUUUGACUCCGAAACAUAAAGUAACAAGGCAAUACCCUACUUGCGCCCUACUUUAAUAAGAUCAGAAUGAGCAGUGAACUUUUACUGUACCUCGAGGAUCGACUUAAUCUUGAAAUGGCUUCUAUUUUUUGUGAUGGAUAAUGAACUUACUAUGUUAA